AUGAGUGACUCCAGUAGUGAUUCAGAGGCGUCAGCAACAGAGCAUACUGCACUCAUGGAUGGCCAUAUAGCAGAAGCUCGUCCGGAUAGAGAGAUAGCUGAAUGGAUAGCGAGAAAAAGAAAAACCAAAUCCGACCAAACCCAGCGAAAUUACGGUAGUGUGGAGCAACGGGAGGGGGAUGGUUCAGGAGAAAACAGAGAUUCCCCACCUAGUGCCAGUAACCCAGGAGUGCAGGUGGAAUCGCAGGUUGAGGAACUUGAGCUUAAGUAUGGGGCUCGUCAUGUUAUCAAACUCUUUGUGCCGGUGACACUCUGUAUGCUUGUUGUUGUUGCUACAAUUUCCUCAAUCAACUUCUAUUCGGUCAAAGAUGUCUAUCUUGCAUAUACACCAUUCCAUGAAGAGAGUCCAUAUGCAGUAACAAAAGUAUGGAAUGCUCUUGCUAACUCUAUGAUCCUGCUCAGUGUGAUAGCUUUAAUGACUGUCCUGCUCAUUGUGUUGUAUAAGAAGAGAUGUUACAGGGUUAUCCAUGGUUGGCUCAUACUUUCAUCGCUGAUGUUACUGUUCUUAUUCUCAUAUUUGUAUAUAGAGGAAGCACUAAGAGCCUAUAAUAUACCUAUGGAUUAUAUCACUCUAUUUUUUGUUAUGUGGAACUUUGGUGUAAUGGGAAUGAUAGUGAUUCACUGGAAGGGACCACUUAGACUUCAACAAGCAUACCUGAUCUUCAUAGCAGCAUUAAUGGCUCUAGUUUUCAUUAAAUAUCUUCCAGAGUGGACCACAUGGGCUGUCCUUGCUGUUAUUUCUAUCUGGGAUUUAGUAGCUGUAUUGACUCCAAAAGGACCAUUAAGGAUAUUAGUUGAAACAGCUCAAGAAAGAAAUGAGCCAAUAUUUCCAGCCCUCAUUUAUUCAUCGACGGUGAUGUACUGCAUGGCGACGCCCGGGGCUGCGGCAGGCGGCGCUGCUGGGGCGAGCGGCUCCGGCGCGGCCGCAGAAGGUCGGGCAGGCGUUUCGGAUGGCGACGGCGACGGUGAGGGCGGGUUCGACGUGGCAUGGCGCGGGUCGCCGCGGCGGCUGCGUGUAGACAGCACGGCGCCCGCGCACUACACCACGCGCCUCGACCCGCCGCGCGCGCCGCCCCAGCCGCACCCGCCACCUGACGCCGACGACGAGAAGGGUGUAAAACUUGGCUUGGGCGACUUCAUUUUCUAUAGUGUACUAGUUGGCAAGGCUAGUUCAUAUGGAGACUGGAAUACAACACUUGCCUGUUUUGUGGCAAUACUUAUUGGACUCUGCUUAACCUUACUACUGUUAGCGAUAUUCAAGAAAGCUCUGCCAGCACUUCCCAUAUCAAUAACAUUCGGACUGAUUUUCUACUUCGCCACCCGGUGCGUUGUCAAACCAUUUGCGGAUGCGUUAGCCGCCGAGCAAGUCUUCAUUUAG